UUAAACUGAUCUGGAUGCAGAGCAUGCUGCAGCUUCUGCCAUUAUCUUCUGGGUGAGGGUUCCUUGAAUCUCUCUAUAAAAGCAGAACCCAACAUCUCUGUGGCGCACACCGAGUGUAACUGAGCUGUCUACAAUGAGCAUCCUUUGGCAUAUCACUUGUCUGCUACUGCUGCGUUCCUGCACCCCAGGUUUCUCCAUGCAUGAUGGUAUUGUUGGCGGUAGGGUCUCUAUUCCCCACAGUCGACCCUACAUGGUCUACAUUCGUGAUAAGAUAUCACAAUUAACAUGUGAUGGUUUUUUGAUAAGAGAGGAUUAUGUGAUGACAGCUGCUCACUGUAAACAAAGUCAUCUUGUGGUAUUUGUGGGGGUCCAUGACAUCAACUUUUUACCUGACGGUAUAGAGGUAGAUCCCAUUCCACAUCCAAAAUUCAGUAUGGAGAGACCAGAUCAUGACAUCAUGCUUCUAAAGGGGUUAUCGACACCUGUACCUUUGAGCAAAUCUUUGCAAACCAUCAUUUAUCAAAAUCCUGAGAAUGAAGAAAUCUCAAAGGACUGCAUGGUCGUGGGAUGGGGCUGGCAGGAUUACCAUGACGAGUCUCCAUCAAAUGUGCUCCAAGAAGCAAACGUGACUCUGAUAGACUCUGAAAACUGUGGCACGGCUGACACUCUGUGCACUGAGGGAUCAACUGAACCAGCACAGGGAGACUCUGGGGGUCCACUUGUUUGUGGAGGUGUUGCAGAGGGAAUUGUGUCUUUUUCCAAAACCAAGAGCAAUGCAGACCACCUCUCAGCAUACACUCGAAUUUCCCUCUACUAUCCAUGGAUUCAGAGCAUCAUUAAUCCACCUACUCAGCAGCAAUCUGAAACAUGGAAGGGCAAGCUGGAUAAACUAAUUUAGUUGUCUGGUUCAAUGCAAGUUCUAUCAUUGCUUGGUGUCAAUUUUACACCAAUCAGCAUAUGUGUGACAUUAAAUGU